AUGAGAAAAACAAAAGAGCAAGAAAGAAUUUGUCAUUUAUGUCAUAAUACCCAAUCAACAAAGUGGAGAAGGGUAACUGAAGAUGCCUUGAUCAAAUGUAAAGAUAAUGGUAUUAGGUUAGAAGUUGGCAAGUAUCUAUGUAAUAUUUGCUAUUAUGAAUUAAGAAAUAACAAAUUAUAUUUGAAACAAGGCCAACAACUUGUUAUUCCUAAAAACAAAGAAUUGCGAACUAAUAUACAGAAAUACAUAACUAGCUGUGAUUCAUGCCAAAGAAACAAAAGUAACAAUAAACAACCAGCUGGAUUAUUACAACCACUCUCUACACCAUUGAAACAUUGGGAACAAGUAAUGAUGGAUUUCAUAGUGCAAUUACCAACAACAUGUAAAGGAUAUGAUGCAAUUGUAGUAAUUGUAGAUCAUUUAUCAAAACAUGCACAUUUUUGCCCAAUACAUACAUCUGUAACCACACCAGAAGUUGCAAAGAUUUUCUUUUCCACUAUUUUCAAAAAUCAUGGUCUACCUCAAGUUAUUAUUUCAGAUAUAGAUGCAAAAUUUACCAGUCAUUUUUGGAAAACAUUAUUUGAACAG